AUGGCCUUGGCGCUGCGCCCGCGACACGCCGCAGCCGGCGUGGUGGGCGCGGUGCUGCUCCGGCACGCCGACCUCGUCUACCAGGCCUUCCUGCAGCAGGCUGGGCUCUGGCAGGGCGCGGGCCACGCGGGGGCCGAGGCGGCCGCCCAGGCCGCCUACUCGGCCGCGGACGCGGCCGGCCUGGCCGCCGCGGCGGCGGCAGCGGCGGGCGAGGCACUCGGGCAGCACUGCCCGGCCUUGCCCGACUGGUCGGGCCCGCCGGAGGCGGUGGUGUGCCCGGAGGCCCCGGCGUGCCUCUGCUCCUGCCCCGAGGUGCCGGAGUGCGCUCCCGAGGCGAAGGACGACGCCGCGACUGGCCUCUGGCAGCUCACCGGAGGCGCCGUGGGGCACAUGGCGAGCGAGCGGCGCCGGGCCCCACUCCGCGAGGCGAGCCCGCCGGGCCCGCCUCUCCACGGCGUGCCGCGCUGGAGGGGCCCGGCCGUGCUGCGCCUGGCGUCCGGACACGUCGUCGAGGAGGAGGCGUUCUCGAAUGAGCUCAUCCCGGGCGCCUACGUCGCCUUGCCCGUCUUCGUGAAGGGGAGGACCUGCAGAUUCCGCGACUUCCCCGACGAGCAGCAGCUGCUUGACUUGCUCAGCGAGGGGCGGGAGCUGGCCGUCGCCGAGGGCUACGGCGGGCCGGGGCCGACGCUCUACCUGGACGCAAUGGGGGAGCGGCGGCCGCUGGAGUUGGACGGAGACUCCUUCCGACGGGCUCGCGGCCGCCCCGCCGGCGGCUCGGGAGAGCCGCCCAUGCCUCCUCCCAUCGAGCCGCCGCUGCAGGCCAGGGGCUUCGCUGCCGGCGGCACCCGCACGCCCGAGGUCCUCGACGCGGACGCUGAGUCGACAGGGGAUGCAGGCCGCUGGGUGGCCCUCGUCUCGCACGGAGAGGUGCACCGCGGUGACAGCAUGGUGCUCGACGUCGGCGACAAGGUGGUCGCCGCCUGCUGGCCUGCCUACCUCAGCCAGGUCGCGGACGCCCGUGCCGCCGGCGAGGGGGGCGACGCCCGCGUCCUCGCCUCGGACACCUACGACCCAGGCGGCCGGCAUUGGUGUGACUUCGCCAACGCGGUCGGCAAGAUGAGGACGGAGCCCAUGGACGACUUCCCGUUGGAGGGCGAGCGGUCGGCGUUGUGGCUCUUCCAGUACGUCAGGGGCCACGGCGGCACCUUCGACGCCAGGCAAACGAAGUGGGCCACCGAGCAGAAGAUCGCGCCCGACUCCACGGCCUACCUGUUCCACGACCUCAUUGGGCUGGCGCUGGACCUCUCGGUCAGCUACGACCAGUGCGACGGGGGCAACCUGGCCAGCGUCGAGGUGAUGGCGCGGUUGUACCAGCUGGUGGAGGAGACGAACGGCACCCUCCAGCUGGAGGGCCUCGAGCACUACCUCGGCCGCGACCGCGCAGGCGGGCUUCGCCGGGGCGUCGCGCUCAACCCGGCGCUCUCGCAGCACGCGACGGACAAGAAGAGCAAGGAGACCGAGGUGAUGAAGCAGCGCCGGAAGGCGCGGGAGGAGGCGGACGCCGCCAAGAAGGCCGGCAAGGGCGGCGGCAAGAAGGACAAAGGAACACCCCUGGGGCGCGUUGCGGAGGCCCCCGGCCGCGGCGCGAAGACCAAGGGGCAACUCACCGGCGCGAUGCUGCCGCGGGCGAAGGAGAUGGGCUUCUUCCCCUGGCUUGUCCACGGCAGGCGGCGGCUCAAGGUCCAGGAACGGACCGCCGAGACGACACGUGCUAUCAAUCGUCUGGCAGGUUUAGACACGACCGAGGUGGAGUCCGUCAGCGACCUGGCUGGCCCCUUCGCCCUGGUCUACAGCGACGCGCGGGCGCUUCGCGCGGCUCACGCCCCCGAGCCGGUGGUGGGCCUGCCGACGUUGUACGGCGACGCCAGUUUGAAGGAGAAUCGCGAUGCCUACAUCGGCUUCGUGAAGGACGGGCUCGCUCGGGGGAUCUCCCGCCUGAGCCGGCGCCGCAAGGAAGCCGUCAAAGUCUUUCUCGCGAAGAAAAAAGACAGCAGCAUUCGAAUCGUCAUCGAUUGCCGCCGGAGCAACCAACGCUGUAAAGCCGCGCCGAAGGUCCACCUCUUCUCGGGCAGUAGCCUCGGGGACGUCGAGGUCUCGGCGGAUCAGCAGAUGUGGUAG